AUGCAAUCUCGUCGUGGCACGCUGGACGGCCCUGGACAUGGCCGCACCAAGUCGGACACAAACUCGAGCGUGCGCAAGGCGGGCUCACCCGCAGCCGCUGGUCCCCGCGCCGGACGCGGGGCACGCGAUCCAUCGCCAUCGCCCUCCGAGAAGUCGACGUCGAGCCGGCUGCAAACGCGGCUGAAGGCGCUAGGUAUCUUGACCAGCUCCCGCGCGGCACGCACGUCACGCGGCCAGAAAGAGGAAGUGACCGUGCCGAAGAAGACGGUGGAGGAAGUGCAGGCGCUUCUGAACGAGGCGGAGAGUAAGCUCAGCGAGGCGGAAGCGAAGGUGGGCGAGUUGGAGAGAAAGUUGAAUGAGGCGGAGACGAAGGCGGAGGAGGCGAAGAGCGGUAUGGAGGAGGCCAUGGCGCGGGCGUGGGAGGCGGAGAGUCGCACGGAGGACGCGGAAACGCGCGCAGGAGAGGCGGAGGGGCGAGAGAAGGAGGCUAACGAGCGAGCCGAGCGCGCUGAAGCGGAGACGCGGGAAGUGGAAGAGCGGGCGAGAGCGGCGAGCGAGAGGGCCGACCGCGUAGAGGCUGAGGCUGAGGCAAAGGAGAAAAAGGCGAAAAUGGAGGUGGAAGAGGCAGAGGAGAGGAUGCGCACAGCCAACGAGACAGCCGCUGCUGCCGAGUCGAGCAAGCUGGAGGCGGAAGCGCGGGCGAACGCUGCUACAACGCGCGCGGAGGUGGCGGAGACGGCGGCACGCAACGCACAUGCCGAAUUGGUGCACGUUCAGGAGCGACUUCAUAUCUCUGAGGUCAGGGUUGUGGAGGCGGAGGAGCGCUGCGCGGAGGCGGGAAGGGCGCUGGCGCUGGCCGAUGCGAGGAGAGUGGAGUUGGAGGAGAUGGUCGUAACACAGUCAGCGAAGAUCGACGAGGCGGCGGACCGCGUCGUUCACGCGGAAGCGCAGAUCGCCGAGCUGAGUGGACAGCUGGGGGAGAUGGGGGCGGGUGUCCAAGACCUUGAAACCCGAUUACUGCAGGCCAACCAACGUGCGCACGCCGCGGAAAUGCAAGCGGCCGAGACCGGCGAACGGCUGGUAGAGAUGGAGGAACGGAUGCAGGACCUAGAGACGAGGCUUGCGGACGCCGACCAACACGUUCGCGAGGCGGAGGCGUUGGCGAUGGAGGAGGGAGCGCGCGCGGAUAACGCGGAAGUCACGGCACGCGACAUGGACUCCAGGGUGCGCGACGCCGAAACCCGCUUGCACGACGCGCAGGCACGCGCUGCUAGCGUUCAGGCCCAACUCGAAUCGUUACAAGCGCAACUCGCCGACGCAGACGAGGCUGGCAAACACCUGGCCGCGAACAGGGAAACGAGCACGCACGACGAGGGAGAAAAGAUGCGGCUCGCGCUCGCCGAGUCCGAGCGCAGUCUUCAAGUCGCGAUGCAACGCGCCCGGAGUGCUGAGGAGGAGCUGGGCGACAUCUGGUUCGUCGUCCGCAGGGUCGGCGUCGGCAUCUCUCGCGAAUUGACCUUCGGGGCGCCGUCGGGGUCGCUCGGGGUCCCUACCCCGCGAAACCUGAACGCGCCCGUCGGCCCGUCGCUUCGCGCUUUCGCUUUCACCGUUCGCGUUGUCGCCGCCGUCGACAACGACGUGCAAUACUUCUGA